AUGGAUACUGGUGAUGCAAUCUUGGUAUAUGGUGGUACGAUGUGGUCUAAUUCCCAAAAUAACCUUACGGAUAGUUUGAUGAAAUAUGAUAUCAAGCAUGAAAAAUGGACCAACCUUCCUCCAUCGGGUGUUCAACUAUUUCUUCACACUGCUACGGUUCUGAAUGGUUUGAUGAUUGUUGUGGGUGGAAAUGGCUACAAUAUUAGCGAAUCAAGGCCGAAACAGGAGUGUUUCUCUGGAAUGGUCCAAGCUUAUGACAUUGGUGCGUUUUGA